AUGUUGAUGAGAAAAAAAAUAUUGCUGGCAGCAGGGUUUCCCCUCUUGACUUUAGCACAACGCGUUAUCGACCUGAGCGGGGAUAACUGGACGGUGAAGAAUGAGGAGUGCAAUUUGUCCGCGCCAGCAUCUUUGCCUUCACAGGUGCAUUUGGAUUUGUAUGCUGCUGGAGUGAUUCCUGAUCCAUUCGCGACUAGAUACGCCGGAACAAAUGAAAUUGACCUUCGCUGGAUCGCCUGGUCGAACUGGACAUAUACGAGUCAUCCAGUCAAGGGAUUGCUCAAUGAUGCUUCUGCUUCCUGGAUUGUGUUCAACGGGCUGGAUACAUUUGCCACAAUCGAGCUGUGUGGCCAGCUUGUAGGCACUGCAAACAAUCAGUUUCGUCAAUGGCAAUUCGAUGUUUCCGGUGCGCUAAAGUCGUGCAAGGGUGACCCAGUCAUUAGUAUCCAUUUCAGAAGUGCGCCAGAAAUUGCGAAUGCAAUUGCUAAUGAGCCGGGGCAAGAAACAUGGCCCGAUGGCAUCCAGGGACUCUUUGAAUUUGACAAUAGAUGGUUCAUCCGGAAAGAACAAUCCGAUUUCGGCUGGGAUUGGGGUCCAGCUUUUUCACCAACUGGGCCAUGGCAGCCUGCUUACCUGGUUCAAUUCAAGCCGAAUGAUGGUGUCUAUGUUUUAAAUACGGACAUUGACAUUCAUCGCGAAGGACAGGUGAAUUGGUUGCCUCCAGACCAAACCAGGCCCUGGGUCGUCAAUGCAAGCAUAGUUUACUUGGGUAGUUUGCCGAAGGGCGCGUCGUUGACUGUCGAGAUCAAAGACGCCCAGAAUCAGACGACAAUUGCGUCAGGAUCGUUGACGAAUGUGACAACUUCUGGGAACAGUAUAUCUGGAAUCACCACCGUCGGUGCUGAUGUACCGAAAUUAUGGUGGCCGACGAGCAUGGGAGACCAGAAUCUCUAUUAUAUCACUAUCAAUGUUGUUAACAACAACGGCAAAACUUUGGCUACGAUCACGAAAAGGACAGGUUUUAGAACGAUUGUCCUCAAUCAGACCAACAUCACCCAUGCUCAACUCGCUCUCGGAAUCGCACCGGGAGCAAACUGGCACUUCGAGAUCAACGGCCAUGAAUUUUAUGCAAAGGGUUCCAACUUCAUUCCACCCGAUGCGUUUUGGCCGCGAGUCACUGAAGAUCGUAUGAGAAGGUUAUUUAACUCUAUUGUCAAAGGAAAUCAGAACAUGCUCAGAGUAUGGGCAUCCGGUGCCUAUCUCCCUAACUUCAUAUACGAUAUCGCAGAUGAAGUGGGAGUGCUUUUGUGGAGCGAAUUCCAGUUCGGUGAUGCACUCUACCCCGUUGAUCAGGUCUUUCUAGAUAACGUCGCAGCAGAAGUAGCCUACAAUGUUCGUCGAGUGAACCACCACCCUUCACUAGCCCUCUGGGCUGGAGGUAACGAGUUGGAAAGUCUGGAACUGCUUCAGGUAUAUGAGAAUUAUCCCGAAGAAUAUGCCCGAUAUGUCGGCGAGUAUGAAAAACUGUUCAUCAGCACGAUUUUUCCUCUGGUAUACGACAACACUCACUCUAUCAGCUACACACCGACUUCAACUGGGAAUGGAUAUACCAAUAUCGAUUUUUCUUUAGCUGUCCCCAUGGUAGAACGAUACCAGAACGUGACUCCAGGCGAAUACUACGGUGAUAGCGAUUACUACAACUACAACAGCGCUGAAGCAUUUGAUAUGAGCCACUACCCCGUUAAUCGAUUCGCCAACGAAUUCGGGUUCCAUAGCAUGCCCAGUCUGCAGACAUGGCGACAAGCCGUUUACGAUGAGGAUGAUCUGCAAUUCAAUAGCUCUGUGAUUCUGCAUAGAAACCAUCAUUACCCGCCCGGAGGAUUAUCACUGAAUACUACCCUCAGCGCCAAAGGGAUGGGUGAAAUGACUAUUGCCGUUGAACGGUACUACCCGAUCCCAUCGAAAACGGACCCGAUUGCGAACUUUAGUGCUUGGUGUCUCGCAACGCAGCGGUUUCAGGCUGAUAUGUACAAGUCUCAAAUUCAGUUUUAUCGGCGUGGCAGUGGGCAUCCGGAGCGUCAGUUGGGUUCGUUGUAUUGGCAAUUAGAGGAUAUUUGGCAGGCGCCGACGUGGGCCGGUAUUGAGUAUGAUGGACGAUGGAAGGUGUUGCAUUAUGUGGCUAAGAAUAUCUUUGAGCCUGUGAUUGUGGCGCCGUACUGGAAUUCGACGACGGGGCAGCUGAAUGUUACGGUCACGUCGGAUUUGUGGGAGUCUGUGUCUGGGACGGUGAGUAUGACUUGGUAUGAUCUGAGUGGAAAGCCGUUGGAAAAGAAUGCGGGAAUACCUUCCUCUGUCGCGUUUGACGUCGGGCCGUUGAACAUAACUGAUAUUCUGAUUACGAAUAUCAAUGACCUGUCGAUUUCGGAUUUGAAGGAUGCUGUCCUCAUACUGUCGUUGUCUGCUACAGGACACUUGCCAAACAGCAACGUAACAACACGCUUUUCCCAUGAAAAUUUCUUCACUCCGGUAUUCACAAACGAAGCAAAAUUAGUUGAUCCGGGACUCAAACUGUCAUACGAUAAUUCAACCGGCAAAUUUACAGUCGAGGCAACAAAGGCUGUGUCGUUGUAUACCUGGCUGGACUAUCCUUCGGGUCUUGUUGGGUAUUUUGAUGAGAAUUCGUUUGUCUUGGUGCCUGGACAACCCAAGGAAGUUGGAUUUACGGCGCAACAAGGCUCGUUAUCGGAGGACGUGGUGAGGCAUGUUACAGUACAGAGUAUUUGGGAUCAAGCUGAGGGGCUUAAAUCUACGGUGGUUAGAGUAAGGGAGAAAGGGCUGAGGCCUCUUCGUGAUGCUCGGAAUCAACCAGAUGCCUAG